GUUCAGCCAUGAGCGUCCAACAGCCAUGGAAGACGUUUACGCGGCGAGCAACCGCCCAGCAAUGUCUCAAUCUCCAGCCCAAGGCGACGCAUCACAAACCGCGAAUAUGGCAGCACGCAGAACGCAGUAUGGCCACCGUACAGAAUCCGCCAGUAACCCAGGAUUCUGUGAGCAAGAAUGGCCCAACUGCAAUGGUGUUCAUGAACAUGGGCGGCCCAUCGACCACAGAUGAAGUCGGUAGCUUUCUGUCUCGAUUGUUCGCCGACGCCGAUUUGAUCCCCCUCGGACCUCUACAGAACUACCUUGGACCAUUGAUCAGCAAGCGAAGAACACCAAAAAUCAAGAAACAAUAUGCAGAAAUUGGCGGCGGAAGUCCAAUCAGAAAAUGGAGCGAAUACCAAGCAGCAGAAAUGUGCAAGAUUCUAGACAAAACCAACCCACAAUCCGCACCUCACAAACCAUACGUUGCAUUCCGCUACGCCGACCCUCUCACCGAAGAAAUGUACACAAAACUCUUGGAAGACGGUUUCGGCAAAGGCAAAGGCGGCAGAGCAGUAGCCUUCACGCAAUACCCACAAUACUCCUGCUCCACAACAGGUUCCUCCCUGAACGAACUCUGGAAAUGGCGUCAACGCCUCGAAUCACCCACGCGAAACGCCGAAGCCCCAUCCGAAGGCAGCAUUCAAUGGAGCGUAAUCGACCGCUGGCCCACCCACCCAGGCCUCAUCGAAGCCUUCGCCGAAAACAUAACAAAACAACUCUCCACCUACCCCGAAGACAUCCGCGACAGCGUCGUACUCCUCUACUCCGCCCAUUCCCUCCCCAUGAGCGUCGUCAACCGCGGCGACCCUUACCCCUCCGAAGUCGCAGCGACCGUCUGGGCCGUCCAACAACGCUUGGGACACAAAAACCCCUACAGACUAGUCUGGCAAUCCCAAGUCGGCCCCUCCGCAUGGCUAGGCGCCCAAACCGCAGAAACAGUCCCAAACCUGAUAAAAAAAGGACAAAAAGACAUCAUCCUCAUCCCCAUCGCCUUCACAUCCGAUCACAUCGAGACACUAUACGAGAUAGAUUUGGAAGUAAUCCAUGAAGCGAACGAGCUGGGCGCGGAUGGAAGGGUCAGGAGAUGUGAGUCUUUGAACGGAAGUCCAACGUUCAUCCAAGCGCUCGCGGAUCUCGCAAGCGAGCAUUUGAAAGCGGGCGUGGUUUGUAGUAAACAGAUGGGUCUGAGAUGUCCCGGAUGCAAGAGUGAGAGAUGUUUGGAACAGAAGCGUUUUUUUAUGGGGCAGGGGAGACAGGACAAUGCAGCUGUGACGUUGUAAGGCCGACACUUCGUAAUCGAGUAAAUAUUUCGAUGAUGCGAAUUCGUAAAUGUGUAUGUAUGUCAUGUUAUGUAUGUAGUGGUCAGGAAUAUUUUUCG